AUGAAAAGUCCAAGACAUACUUUACUUGGUAAAUCAAGAUUUUUUAAUAAAAUCUUUGCCAAAAAUAUCAAUGAUGAUUCGAAAGAUAGAGGCAUCACUCGUCGACAAUUAUCACCCACAAAAUACCAUCAGAAUUAUUCAGAAGUCGAAGAUGAAGGUUUUUAUACAGUCGAAGAUUCGGCUACUAAAAUAGGCGAUUGUGAAAAGACAUAUCUUAAUGGUCAUUCGGACAGCGUAUACUGUAUACAAUUUGACGAACAUAAAAUUGUAACAGGAUCGCGCGAUAAAACCAUUAAGUUCUGGGACAUUAAAACUGGUGAAUGUUUUCAAACAUUAUAUGGUCAUGAGUUAUCUGUCUUGUGCUUACAAUACAAUGAUAAGAUUAUGGUUUCGGGUUCUAGUGACAAAACUAUUAUUAUUUGGGAUAUGCAGAGGGUUGGUAUGCCAAAGGGUAAUAAUUCAGUAAUUCAAUUACGACACCUCACGGGUCAUUCCGCAGGCGUUUUGGACAUUUGUUUCGAUGAUUUUUAUAUUGUUUCUUGUUCGAAAGACAGUACAUGUCUUCGUACUUUAACAGGUCAUCGUGGACCUGUUAAUGCUGUUCAACUUCACGGUAAUAGAAUUAUAUCAGCGUCAGGUGAUGCUUUAAUUAAACUCUGGAAUUUAGAAAGUGGGGAAUUCCUUAAGGACUUUAUUGGCCAUACAAGAGGGUUGGCCUGUGUUCAAUUUGAUGGUAAAUGGGUAGUUUCGGGUUCUAAUGAUAAAACUAUUAAAAUUUGGGACGUCGAAACUGCGCAAUGUGUUCGUACACUAGAGGGACACACUGAUUUAGUUAGAACAUUACAUUUUGAUGAAGAUAAAAUUGUCAGUGGAAGUUAUGAUCAGACUGUUAAGGUUUGGGAAUUAAAAACGGGAAAGCAAUUAUUGGAUUUUAAAGAAGGUCACACAA